UACCAGCGGGUUCCGGUAUUCAAUGGCACCCAGGAGUGGCGUGUCAAAUCCUACAUAGCAGACUGGGAGUUAUAAGCAACAGCAUAGCAUGAUAUAAAUUGUGGUCUAUGGCCCUCCACGCCAGCUUACCUUUGACAGUAAACACGAUCCCAAGCAAACGGUCAUCAAAGAAUGAGACUCCAGAAGCAAUAAUAGGAAAGCUCGAUACAGUGCUGCCUUCACGAACUUGCACAGCUAGUUCUAUCGCUGCGGUUGACGACUGCUCGGCGAUAGCAGAAAGGCACGAUAUCUGUAGGGUCCUUCCAUCUCUCACAGUGCUUGCUAGGUACACCUCAGGCUGCUGGAUGUGUGCUACUGCUGACCUUGUGCAUAUCCACCAACUGUUCGCCUUUGGAUCCGUUUUCUGUGUACAAGGGAACGUGGUCCGCAUCCCACUGAGAAACGUGGCUCAAUGUUUUAGACGACCAACUCAGUGCCUCAUCAAUAAGACUGCGAAUGGCAUGGAGAGUCUCCUUGGCACGUUGGCGGAGCAUACAAGCCAGCCUCUUCGUCAGGCACACCAGUACGCUGAAGAGCCUGUUUAAGGAUAUCCCUUGGAGUGGAAACACGAACUGAGAAAUCGGCUUGGGCUCCGAGCUGAUGGAGCUUCCUGCCCCUGUAGUAGCAUGUUACGACCAAAACAUCGAUAUAGACGUCAACUAACUCUCGAGUUUCGUGCUUGCGAUCCAUGAACACAAUGUCGGAUAUCGAGGAUUCUCUCACAUACUCGCUUUGCGGUCGACGGAAUGCGCUGCGAAUGAAUCUGAGCAGCAGCCUGUAAUCAACAUGUGGGCGCACCGGUCGCGCACCCUCAUCCUCGU